CCUCUCCCUGAGCACGCUGAGAGGAGCUGGCCAUCUUUGAUCUCCACCUCCAGGAUCAGAGUCAAGGAAUAUUUUCAUAAUGGACACUUCAUCCAAAGAAAAUAUCCAGUUGUUCUGUAAAAGUUCAGUGCAACCUGUUGGGCGACCUUCCUUUAAAACAGAAUACUCUUCCUCAAAGGAGAAGCAAGAAUGCUGUGGCAAACUGAAGGUAUUUUUGGGUGCCCUGUCUUUCGUCUACUUUGCUAAAGCACUGGCAGAAGGCUAUCUGAAGAGCACCAUCACUCAGAUAGAGAGAAGAUUUGAUAUCCCUUCUUCACUGGUGGGAGUUAUUGAUGGUAGUUUUGAAAUUGGGAAUCUCUUAGUUAUAACAUUCGUAAGCUACUUUGGAGCCAAACUUCACAGACCAAAAAUAAUCGGAACAGGGUGUCUAAUCAUGGGAGUUGGAACAUUGCUUAUUGCACUGCCUCAGUUCUUCAUGCAGCAGUACAGAUAUGAAAAGUAUUCUCCUUUCUCUAAUUCUACUCUCAGCCUCUCUCCAUGUCUCUUGGAGUCAGACAGUCAAUUACCUCUCUCGGUUAUAGAAAAACCACAAUCCAAAAGAAAUGAUGAAUGUGAAAUGGAUGCCAGCUCUUCCAUGUGGGUUUAUGUUUUCCUGGGGAACCUUCUUCGUGGAAUUGGGGAAACUCCGAUUCAGCCUCUAGGCAUCGCCUACCUUGAUGAUUUUGCCAGUGAAGACAAUUCUGCUUUCUAUAUUGGGUGUGUGCAGACGGUUGCAAUUAUAGGACCGAUCUUUGGCUUCCUGCUAGGCUCACUAUGUGCCAAACUGUAUGUUGACAUUGGCUUUGUAAACCUAGAUCACAUAACCAUUACUCCAAAGGAUCCCCAGUGGGUAGGAGCCUGGUGGCUAGGUUACCUAAUAGCAGGAAUUGUAAGUCUUCUCGCAGCUCUGCCUUUCUGGUGUUUACCAAAAAGUCUUCCGAGACACCGAAGUAAAGAGGAUUCCAAUUCCGCCUCUGAGAAAUCCAAGUUUAUUAUGGACGAUCAUGCAGACUACCAAACGUCCCUUGGAGAGAAGUCAAAAAUAAUGGAAAUGGCAAGAGACUUUCUUCCAUCACUGAAGAAUCUCUUUGGAAAUCCACUGUACCUGCUGUAUUUGUGUGCCAGCACGGUUCAGUUCAAUUCUUUGUUUGGAAUGGUGACCUAUAAACCCAAGUACAUUGAACAGCAGUAUGGGCAGUCAUCCUCCAAAGCCAACUUUGUUAUCGGACUCAUCAACAUACCUGCAGUGGCCCUUGGAAUAUUCUCUGGGGGGAUAGUUAUGAAAAAGUUCAGGAUCAGUGUGUAUGGAGCUGCAAAACUCUACUUGGGAUCAUCUGUUCUUGGGUACCUCCUAUUCCUUUCCCUGUUUGCACUGGGCUGUGAAAAUUCUGAUGUGGCAGGAAUAACUGUCUCCUACCAAGGAACCAAACCUGUCUCUUAUCAUGAACGAGCUCUCUUUUCAGAUUGCAACUCAAGAUGCAAAUGUUCAGAGACAAAAUGGGAACCUAUGUGUGGUGAAAAUGGAAUCACAUAUGCAUCGGCAUGUCUUGCUGGUUGUCAAACCUCCACCAGGAGUGGAAAAACUCUUAUAUUUUAUAACUGCACCUGUGUGGGGAUUGCAGCCUCAAAGUCAGGAAAUUCCUCAGGCAUGGUGGGCAGGUGUCAAAAAGAUAAUGGAUGUCCCAAAAUGUUUCUGUAUUUCCUUGUCAUUUCAGUCAUCACGUCCUAUACUUUAUCUCUAGGUGGCAUACCUGGAUACAUACUGCUUCUGAGGUGCAUUAAGCCACAACUUAAGUCUUUUGCCCUGGGUAUCUACACCUUAGCAGUAAGAGUUCUUGCAGGAAUCCCAGCUCCUGUGUAUUUUGGAAUUUUGAUUGACACUUCAUGCCUCAAAUGGGGAUUUAAAAGAUGUGGAAGUAGAGGCUCCUGUAGAUUAUAUGAUUCAAAUGCUUUCAGACAUAUAUAUCUGGGCCUUACUGUGAUGCUGGGCACAGUGUCCAUUUUCCUAAGUAUUGCAGUACUUUUCACUUUAAAGAAAAAUUGUGUUUCAAAACAUAGAAGCUUCAGAACCAAGACAGAAGGAACAAUGGUGUCUACAAGAAUCAGGAAGGAAAAUUGUACUACAAGUGAUCAUUUGCUACAACCCAGCUGCUGGCCAGGCAAGGAAACACAGCUUUAGAAAAAUGACUUGAAGCCAUGUUUUCUAAUUUCUGGAAAUUCUGCAAACAAAUAGAUUUUAAUCAAAGGAGUUUUUAAUGUGUCAUUUUUUUUCUCCUUUCAAAAUAUGUCUUUGACUCUAAGUAUGAGAUAAUGUACCUAAUAACAAAUAAAAUUAAACAUA